UUUUUUUUGUACCAAAGGGCAACCCUAGCUUAGGGUUUUUGAAAGAAGCGGUCGUCAAAUUAGAAGCAGGGUUUUAGGCCUAGAAAGAAAAAUCAAAGAAGCAACUAAAAAAUGGAUCCUUCAGCACUUAAUUCACCUGAACUGGAACGAUUUCUCACUGAAGAGAAGGAAAGAGCUAUGGUUAAUGAGAUGGUGGCAAAGCUUACAAGUGCAUGCUGGGACAAAUGCAUCACGGGUACACCUGGGAGCAAAUUAAGCUCAAGUGAAUCAUCUUGCCUCUCUAACUGUGCUCGAAGUUAUAUGGAUAUGAGUCUCAUCAUUAUGAAGCGCUUCCAGUCCAUGAACUAACUUCAUGGAGAAUUGGCCUACUGUAUUGAUUUGCAAGAUGCAGCUGUGCUUUAGCUUCUGUCAUUGGUUAAUUACACUAGUUGUACCCUUCCUCAUAUCAAAUAAGAACAGCGUGCUUUCAUAAUA